GAACAAGGAAAGGUAUACAUGGAACCCUCACUGCCGAUUCAUUUUAGAUCUUGCCAAAUGCAAUAUAUAUAUAAGGACACCCUUAGACAUGUGGGGAGAAGAGAGAGAAAUAAAGAGAUGAGCAUGGUUGUCAUCAUUUCUCUUCAAACACCUUUCUUGAAAAGCCUCGGGAUCGAAUGCACAGAUCUUAAUCAUGCCAUACAGGGAGUAUAAUCAUCUCCCUGUAAUCGCUGAGAGUGCAAUAGCUAGCAGCCUAGCACACAAAGAGUGGAGGAGAGAGAAGGGUUUAUAAUGCUAUAUCAAAUAUUGAAUCUUAUAUUUGAGAAGCUGCAAAAAAGAAAAGUAAGGAGCAGAAAAUAAAUAAUUAAAGUCAGAGGGUGUGAAGAUGGGUGUUUCAUACUGUCUUUCUUUCUUUUCAAGGUUACUUUAAGAAGGAAACUUGAAAGAGUAAAGAGCAAAAACUGAGAAAAGUGUCUAGCUACGCAAAAGCAAGAAGGUAUGUAGGUGUCACUAAAUAUUUCUUUGAAUAGAGCGUGAGGAGAUUCUUGCUGAAUCAAGCCAUGGCUAGCUAGUUUUUAAAAUUUUAAUUAAUUAUCUUGGGAUUUUCAAGCACCUUUAAAAAAAUCUUCUGUCAAUAUGGAGUCUGCUAAUCUCCAUCACCAGCAUCAUCAGCUUCAAGGCCAGCCGCAUGUUGUUUCUUCAACUGCCCAAUCUAACUAUGGAGCUGGAAGCCCCCAUGCUUGGACCCAAAACAUUACUUUGAGUACUGGCAACUUCAAUCCUAGCUGUAAUGGAGUAGACAUAAAUCCAAGGCGGAGAAAUGAGACUUUAGUCCCUCCUGUCAACAGUUCCAUGAUCCAAGAAUUGGGUUUCCACUGGAAUAGUAAUGCAGCAGGGAGCUUCACCAACCAGUCUGCUCAUGACCUACAGCUUGCAAAAAUCAAACAAGAGCUGUCAACAGAAUCUUUCCCCAAAUUUACAGAGAUGGUAAACAUUCCCUCGAGUAUUGAAGAAGAUUCCCAUCUAUCUUCCACAAGCUACAUUGAAGAUAAGCAAAAAGAUAUGAGCACUGAUCUAAGCGAGAAGCUAUUGCUCAAGACUAUUUCUUCUGGUUUUCCUAUCAAUGGGCAUCAUCAGUUUUCGCCUAGGCAAAUUUACCCUACCACCGCUCAUGAUUGUUCUAGCCUUGGAAGUUCCAUACCUGGCAGAGGGAACUUUAGCCAGAUAUAUCCGAGUAUAAACAUUUCAAACUUUAACCGCUCACCACCAUCGAUCUCAGGCUCUUUUGACAUGAACUUGCAGGCCUUGGAUCUCUUAACCUCUACAAGAUUUAAUGGGAGUUUUGGGCAGCCUUCCCAUGAUAAUCUUGGCAUAUAUAAAGACAACAUUUCUUACAGUCUUGAUCACAUGCAUAUGCCAUGUAGCCCUAGCAAAACAUCCUCCUUCACUACCAAUCAAAUACCAGAGCCGAAGAGGCCCAACAACAGCUUGAUGGAACCUAAGGCAACACAGCUAGCUGCACCCAAGAAAUCUCGAUUGGAGUCACGCGCUUCCUGUCCUCCAUUUAAGGUUAGGAAAGAGAAAUUAGGAGAUAGAAUUUCAGCUUUGCAGCAGCUGGUUGCACCCUUUGGCAAGACAGACACAGCAUCCGUACUAAUGGAGGCUAUUGGAUACAUUAAAUUCCUUCAAAACCAGACACUAAGCGUUCCAUAUAUGAAGUCAUCUCGCAACAAGACCAGUAUUGGAGCUACGCAAACAUUUCAGGGUUCAACCAUGGAGGAUGGAAAUGAUGAUGAGCCAAAGAAAGAUUUAAGAAGCCGAGGGCUGUGUCUGGUUCCAUUGUCUUGCAUGUCUUACGUAACCGGCGAUGGUGGAGGAGGAGGCAUCUGGCCACCGCCUAAUUUUGGUGGAGGAACAUAGAACUGUGUAAUUUAAUUAAACAUAUUGAAGUGUUGGGCGGACAAGAUUAAUUAGCAUGUUCAUGAUUGUUCUUUUAAGCUCAUGUUGGAUAGGAAUUUAAGGUUAACUAAACUAGUUUUGUUCUAAUGGAGCAAGUUUGGUCAUCUUGUAAGAAAUCAAGGAUUCCAGAGAGCAGGAUGGACCAAAUUUGAUCCAUUAACAAUUCAGUUAACAUUCAUAUGUAAUUUAAUUAAGGAACCCCUUAAAUUCACUCUUUUUUUACAC